AUGGUUGAUCCUGUUGUUAAUGCUAAUAAGUGGCCACCAACAACCUGUGCAGCAAGCUCAGUUGUACCUGUAGGUAUGGUCAACCAAUCGAAUCAACCGUCUUCACCUGGAACCAAUGUUGAUGAUUUGAAGCACAUCAGGGAAAGUGACGUAGACAGCAGUUAUGCAACAUCAGCCACAGUGUCAACAACGUCCAUUGCCACGGUAACUUCAGCAACAGUAACAGCAACUUCUACUACAACUUCCACUACCUCAUCGUCCGCAGACAAAGCAAAAAGACGGGACAAAUCAAAACCAAAAAAGGUUCGUCGCUCAGAUCCUCGGCUGGCCUUACCAAACUUGACAAUUCAAAGCAUCGAGUCAGAUGGGGAUGUGAUUCACUGUCAACUGGAGACAAGCAAGCAGUCAAUGGUCUCGUUCAAAUUUAGCAGGGAUGUUGAUUUGCCAGAAGAUAUUGCUGAAAAUUUGGUUAGUUGA